GCAUUUAUUUUGGGUGCCACAUACUCAUUUUUUAUUUUAAAAACAAGGAGUACCAAAUCAAAUUUCCUGUUGUUCAAAGAGAAAGAAUUUUCCGUGUUAAAGCAUGUCUUUUUCCAUGUUUUCAUCAAGCUACAAAUAUCUGUUUCAAAACUCUCCUGUUUGUUUACACAGUUUAUUUUUUCUUUGGAACUUACAUAAAAGAUUUUUGUUCUUCAAUAACUGGCCUCCUACAAGAUAGGCAGCGCCAACCAUUAAAUUCACUCAUUGGUUUUAUUGAUUUUUAUCUCUUUUGGUUCUGUUUAAUAAGUGGAGCAUUCAUUUUAUUUGCUUUGCAAUUAGCAAACAAAUUAUUUAUAAUUGUUUAUACAGAGGUAUUUCGGUUUCCUGUUCAGUCCACAUUUUCUGAAGAUUCUGAUCAAACUCUUCCUGUGGCCUUAAAAUGUAACACUUCUCCACUACUCAAGUAUCUUGCAUUUAAUGAUCUCAGUCAACUCUCACAAUAUUCAAUGACAAGAAGAAAACAAAUUUUUUCUUUAAGUAUUCCAGGAGGUAGACCUUUGAAUUGGUUAUGGAUUUCUGAGGAAUGUCUGACAUUGAUGAACGAUCUUCAACAACGACUUUAUUUUUAUGUCAAUCAUUACAACAUGACGAUAAGCAAAGACCAAAAAACAGUCUUAGAAACUCCAUCGCGUCAUUAUCAAGAGGUCACUCCUGCUUCAGUGGAAACAUUUUUUUCCAAUUCUGUAAAGUCACGCGUUAAAAACAUCUCAUCUUUACAAAGUGAUUCUACACACAAUUCUUCUACACAGAAGCAUUUAGAAGAUCUAAAACACAAGAAAAAGGUAACUACAAUGGAAAGAAUAAAAAACAUACCUUUCAUGAAAUACCUCAUUAAACCGAUGAAUGAAUAUGAAAUGGAAGAAAUAUUCUUUGAUGUUCAACUACAAAUUUGGACCGCAGAAGGUAUUUCCAGACUUGUUGCCGCCUCGUAUUCAGAAGAUGUUUUUGGCGUUGUGCAGAGCACAUUACCCUUCAUAUUAACAUCGCUAUUGGAGCUUCUACAGAUGGUAGAAAUUUACUUAAAGAAGUUGACAAACGAAGAAUUGCUGAGUCAUCAACGACCACAGCCAAAUGAAAUGAGAAAAAGUGUCAAUGUUUUAAGAGAUACAUUACGCUCUUCAAUUUACAGAAUAACGAAAACAUUCCAAAACCAUAUAAGUGACGUGGAAUUAUCGACGAAAAACAGGGAGUUCUUGAUCAAUUUUCUUAAGUUUCUAGCAUAAAUACAUUUACAUGUGUAUAUGUAGUUUGAACUUCAAGCAGAAGCUGUUGAAUAUUUUGUGGAAUACUUUUAUAAAAUACAACUAAAUGUUUUGUUUGAA